AUCUGACAAUUAUAAAUUAUUUAGGCGGUCUUAAAAUUCCUUUUUUUUUUUUUUUUUUUUUUUUUUCCGUUUUUUCUCUUAUUUUCUUUUUGUUUUCCUGAAAAUCAUUUAUUUCUCUUUCUCUCUCCUCUUCUCUCCUAUCGCUCUAUCGAAUUCUUUCGUUAAUGGCGAUCUGAGAGAGGAAGAGAACCUCUCUAAACCAGCACUUAUAGUUCCUAAACCCGCCAUAUUUUGCUUUAGGGUUUUUGUGCUGAUUUUUUUGAUUUUUUUAUCCUUCAAUAUCUUAAUUUACCGAUUCAAGGAUAAUGUCGGCAUUGGAAACCUUCGAUUCGUUAUUAUUUGCUGCAAAUCGAGCUUGCCUUAGUUUUAUUGGUAUCUUUAUCCAGAUCCAGGGAUGUUUGAUCUGUUUAACUCUAGCUUUAGGAUGGGCUUGUGCUGCCUAUGUGAGGAAUAGAGAAAUCAAACGCAUGGAAAAUGAGAUGAGACGUGGAAAUGACUUUGCUUUCCUUUGUCAUGACAUCAAUGAGCUUGAGCACUCCAAUCAGGUUAAUUUGCCAAGAGUCACAGUUGUUAUGCCUUUAAAAGGAUUUGGAGAGCACAAUUUGCUUAAUUGGAGAAGUCAGAUUACAACCCUAUAUGGUGGGCCUGUGGAGUUCCUUUUUAUUGUAGAAAGCACUGAAGACCCAGCAUAUCAUGCUGUAUCUAGACUUUUAAAAGAUUUUCAGGAUGAAGUUGAUGCAAAGAUUAUUGUGGCUGGCUUUUCCACUACAUGCAGUCAGAAGAUUCACAAUCAGCUUGUUGGUGCAGAAAAGAUGCAUAAAGAUAGCAAGUAUAUACUAUUUCUUGAUGAUGAUGUUAGACUGCACCCAGGAUCAAUAGGUGGUCUCACUGCUGAAAUGAUAAAAAAACCUGAGAUUUUUAUUCAAACUGGAUAUCCACUUGACUUACCUUCUGGGAGCUUAGGAAGUUACUGUAUAUAUGAAUAUCAUAUGCCUUGUUCUAUGGGUUUUGCUACUGGUGGGAGAACAUACUUUCUAUGGGGUGGGUGCAUGAUGAUGCACGCUGAUGAUUUUAGAAACGACAAUUAUGGUGUAGUCUCAGAACUUCGAGAUGGUGGAUAUUCUGAUGAUAUGACUCUUGCAGCUAUUUCUGGAGCUCACAAUAAUUAUAUAUCCUCUCCUCCAAUUGCCGUUUUUCCUCAUCCACUUGCAAGUGAUCUUAAUUUUUCAAGGUACUGGAAUUAUCUGAGGAAGCAAACAUUUGUUUUAGAAUCGUACGUGUCUAAGGUUAACUGGAGGAUGAACCGUGCUUUAUUUACAGUCCAUAGCUACUUCUCAUGGGGAUUUGUGGCACCAUACUUCAUGGCACUUAUCCAAGUUGCGGCUGCACUUCGAAUGCGCUAUAAAGAACACUUAAUUGAGGAGGAAACUUUUAUUUCAAAUGGGUGGUUAUAUGUGGGAUGCUUAGCCACAUGUACUGCUAUUGAGUUGCUUUCCAUGUGGAAUUUGACUAGGGUUGAAGUUCGCUUGUGCACUAUGCUGUCUCCUGAGGCUCCUCCGUUGUCACUUGCUACCUACAAUUGGUGUUUGGUAUUCAUUGCAAUGAUUGUGGACAACUUUUUAUAUCCCAUCAGUGCUUUUAAAUCACACUUCUCCCAAUCUAUUAAUUGGUCUGGCAUUAGAUACUACUUGAAGAAUGGAAAAAUAUACAAGAUUGAUAGAGGGAAGGAUAUCGGUCCUAAAUAUUCAGACCUUAGCGGAAAGAAUUUAUAUGGAAAAAAGGGAUGUCCUGCCAAAAUUUCAUUCCUCGGUUCAUUAGCAAGAACUUUGGUACAAUGGCGGCAGCCUAAAAAAUACGAAGUGUAGAAUCAACUACAAGUUACUGACUGGGUUGCAACUUGCACUAUUCUAGACAGCAAGGGACUUUACCAUAAUUUUUUGGCGAAUAUGACCUUUGCUUGUUGAUUUGCCCAUUCUUCAUCGAUUGAUGCGUGCUUUCAAAUUCUUCAUUCAUUGAUUCUUCGGCUUUGGCAUAUAUUUUGUAAUUUGUACCAAUAUCAUUUUGUAGCAUUGAUCAGUGUUGAAACUCCCUGUAUCAUUAUAAAAGCUUGGAACGAUCUGUUCACAUGUGAACACAAUUUAAAAGUUUUGCAUUCAAUUUGUUUCCCUAGGGGCUGAAAAGGACAUUUUGUAUAUUUUUAAUCACUUGUAAGUUGGAUAUGACUCUAAAUGAAGAUGCUAGUUUUAUUUUUA